AUGGAGCAGCAACAAGCCAAGACUUCUGCAGGGAACCACUCUCAGUCCGCAGCUAGCGGAUCAACUUCAUCACCUGAAAAUAAGUCUUCUCAAAUGGAAACAAUUCCAUCUCCAAAUCCAACUCCCAGCUCCACGGGAGAUGCUGGUACUUCUGACCCCAAGCAACUGAGGAGAAUUCUAGCAAAUCGGGAGGCGGCCCGACGAGCACACUCUAGGAAGAAAGAGUACGAGAGAAAGCUCGAAACAGAGGCCAAGGAGGCAGAAGAGAGGGUAGCAAUGCUGGCUUCACAAGUGGCUUUCGAACGAAUGCAUCUCACGAUACUAUCAAGGGAGAACAGCCAGAUGAGGGAGAUGCUGCAAGAUCUUGAGAAUCACCAGGCUCAUAAAGAAGCUGAGACUGAGGCACUGGUGAAGGAGAGAGAAACGCUUCUUCUCCUUCGGAGUUUGCAGCUGCAACAACAACAAGGUGGCAGCAGCAGCAGCAAUAAUCCAAACAAUGUGGAUAAAUGA